UGAUGUCAUUUACACUUCUCUAAAACCAGUCUUCAAUGAUGUUUUCCAUUUCCAAGAUGAAUUACUAGUCCCCUUCGAAACUGAGUACUUUGAAUCGUGACACUUUUGAAUCUAUCUAAUCCAUGCUAUUAUAUAUUUAAGAAACACAUAUACAUGGAACCAAAUGCUUGAAGUUGAGGAAAAAGGAAAAUCUUAGUAGGUAUUUCAGACAUAGAAAAUGACAACAUAUAUAGUAAAGGUUGAUGGGGUAAAUGUGAAAACCUCAGUGACAGAUGGAGCUUCUUUUGCGGACAGCUUCAUCACCGAACUCGUACUCUCCUGCAACUACAUGAACAUCUCCAGUCCCCCACUCAUUGGGUUGGACGUCGAGUUCAACGAUAUUGAUAACUAUGCCGCCUGCAAGCCCGCGACGCUGCAACUCUGCUUGGGCUCUCGCUGCAUUAUAAUUCAACUCAUUAACAUGGAGGUCGUUCCUCAGUCUUUGAUCAACUUUCUCUCUGCACCUCUCUUCUGUGUUGUUGGCGUCGGGAUACAUUACUCCUUAAGCUUGCUUAAAAGGUACUAUGGCCUUGAAUGCAGAAAUGUUGUGGAUCUAAUGCCAUUUCUCAACUUGGCUGUUUUUAGUGGGCAAGUUGUGGAAACUGGGCAUUUGGCUGGAUUUGUGUGGAACAGCUUUAAGCAAUAUGUGAUUGUCUGA